UUAAAUUGUAUCCUCUUCUUUUCUUAGAUAAUCAAAGACGAAGCAAACCAGGAUGAAGAUCCCUGCUUAAAGCAUCCCCGCUGCUGCUUUCUUGGGUCUGGACGGAAAGAACCAACAAAAAACACUUUCCUUUCCCUACAGAGCACAAAUAAUCCCUGCAGUCAUGGCGAACAUGUGCCCUUAUGGCCGUUUCACCCACGCUGUGGUCAGGGGCAUCCCAGAGACCUUUGGGAAAACAGCUGGAGACAGCCAUGAGAACGGGGAGGUCACGGUGGACCAGGCCAAAGCCCAGCGUCAGUUUGGCUGCCUGACCGGAGCGCUGAGGCAGAAGGUGGGCCUGCAGCUGAUCGAGAUCCCCCCUGACCCCGAGCUGCCGGAGAGCUGGAGGAUAGAGGAUGUGGCGGUGAUCCAGGGAGACACGGCGCUCAUCACCAGACCGUUCAAACAGCAGAGACGCAGCGAGGUGGAUGCAGUCAGGAGAGUGAUGUCAGAGCUCAACCUGACCAUAGUGGAGAUGGGGGAUGAACUAGGGGACUCUGGAGGGGCCACGCUGGAGGGCAGCGACGUCCUCUUCACAGGGAGAGAGUUCUUCGUCGGGAUUUCCUCCCACACUAACCGGAGAGGAGCCGAGGUGCUGGCAGACACGUUCAGGGACUUUGCUGUGUCCACUGUCCCUGUCUGUGGGGGAGCCCGACUGAAGGAUUUCUGCUCCAUGGGCGGGCCGGACACCAUCAUCAUCAGUAACAGUGACGGUGCCAAGAAGACCCUCAGAGUGAGGAUGAUGGAACAGCUGACUGAUCACCACUACGAAGUGCUCACCGUCCCAGAAGAAUCUGCUGCUAACUGCAUCUACAUUAAAGGCCCAUCUAAACGAGACUUCCUGCUGCACAGGCCUGCAGAGGAAUGUCCCGACAGCAUCUCUGCCUUCCAGAAGCUGCCGGACUACACCCCCCUGCCCACAGCCUGCAGCGAAGCGUCCAAGCUAGGAGCAUCUCUAUCCUCGUUCUGCCUCCUUAUCAACAGAAAGCACACAUAUUUCUGAAGAUGCUCCUAAAAACCCAGAGCUUUUAUUCCCAUGGCUCAUAAGUUGCCUUCUGACUGUGGUGCAGUUCUCCCUCUACAGGCUACUCUUUACAGUAAAAACAUUUAAACUUUUGGUACAUGUUUUAAGAAACUCUGUAAAUUAAUUUUCAAACUUUUGGUGUUAGAUUCAUAAUCAGGCCUAAACCACUGGGGGGAAAAAAACUAACUGAAGCUUAAGUGCAACUAAAUUAAGUUAACAUUGAUCAUUUAAAGUUUAAACAUUUUAUUAGCCCUACAUGAAAAUGUUUAAGUUUGACUUUUUUGAUUUCCUUCUAUUUGUCCCGGUAAGAAACCCAUUAUAAACCUCAGCCAUGUUAGUCUAAAGUUGUAUUUUAAAAACAUCUAGCUGCUGAUUAAAAAGGAUGUUUUAGCUUUCUAGAAUUUAAAUUUGUAGUUGUGAAAAUAAAAUUUAACUAUCACUUUUAA